UGUGAGUUUGAAUAACUAGCCAAUUACAGCGCGAGAGCUGGAGAACUGUAUGAAUACGGGUCGGAAAAUAAGGCGUGAGCCGUAAACUUCCUUCCGUUCGUAUUGAACCCGCUACGGACAGCUAGCGGAUCUAUUUUACUUCUUAUAUGUUAGCGUCUUAGCGCUGCGGAGUGACGGUGUGUUUAGUGGUUUUAUAGUUUUGUCAGUGAGUGCACUCUAUUAUAACGGCUUUAUAUAACAUUCAUUUAGCAACCUGUGUUCGUUCUAUUUCCGUUAAUGCCGGACACGGUAACUGUGAGAAGCUGUCAUGCUAGUCGUAUAUAAUAUAAGCGCUGCAGAUAGCGAUGCUAAGCCAGGUACGGCUGGACAGCCAAGUUAGUGAUAUCACAGUAACACAGCGCUAGUUAUUUAGUUCAGCUCUUUAACUAAAACUAGUCGACUAGCUGACGUGUUUUCUACCAGCUGGUUAGCUAGCUAGCAUCCUCGCUAACAAUUGGAUUCUUCUGGAAAUGGUAGUCGCCCUCAUGUGCCCAUGGAGAAGGAGGCCUUUGAGGGAUGGCUGGAGUCGGUCUCCACCUCCUUCUUGGCACUGAAUGACCAGCAGCGCAAUCAGCUGCUGGAUCACCUGAUCUCUUUGAGUGGUGCUGUUCAACUCCGGCACCUUUCCAAUGGACUGGAGACACUGCUGAAGCGUGACUUCCUGCGCCUCCUACCCCUGGAGCUGGCCUUUUACCUGCUGCGCUGGCUUGACCCGCAGACACUGCUCACUUGCUGCCUGGUGUGCAAGCAGUGGAACAAAGUAGUCAAUGCCUGUACCGAAGUGUGGCAAGGCGUGUGCAGAGACCUGGGCUGGCGAAUUGACGACUCUAUCCAGGAUGCUGGCCACUGGAAACGAGUUUACCUUCAGGCCAAACGUCGCAUGAAACAGCUGCAGGAGGAGGAUGCAUUUGAAACGAGCUCCUUGAUUGGGCACAGUGCUCGGGUAUAUGCCUUAUACUACAAAGAUGGCCUCCUCUGCACAGGAUCUGAUGACCUGUCAGCCAAACUGUGGGAUGUCCGCACUGGCCAGUGUAUUUAUGGCAUCCAGACACACACCUGUGCUACUGUGAAGUUUGAUGAGCAAAAACUAGUUACCGGGUCUUUUGACAACACCAUUGCAUGCUGGGAGUGGAGUACAGGUGCCAAAAUCCAGCAGUUCCGUGGACACACUGGUGCAGUGUUCAGCGUAGACUAUAAUGAUGAGUUGGACACUCUUGUCAGCGGGUCUGCAGACUUUACGGUCAAAGUGUGGGCUUUGUCUGCCGGAGCAUGUCUCAACACACUGACUGGGCACACGGAGUGGGUCACUAAGGUUCUCCUUCAGAAGAGCCAAGUUGAGUCCAUGAUGCACAGUCCUGGCGACUACAUCUUACUGAGUGCAGAUAAAUAUGAAAUCAAGGUGUGGCCUAUAGGGCGAGAGAUCAAUUGCAAGUGCUUGAAGACCCUGUCCGUGUCUGAGGAUCGCAGUGUGUGUCUACAGCCCCGUCUACAAUUCAAUGGCCGCUACAUUGUCUGCAGUUCAGACCUUGGUGUCUACCAGUGGGACUUUGCCAGCUUUGACGUGCUAAGAGUUAUCAAACCACAGCAAGAUUCAGCCAGUCCCUCUCUUCUUAGCUUUGGGGAGGUGUUUGCUCUGCUGUUUGACAACCACUACUUGUAUGUAAUGGACCUGAGGACUGAAGCAAUCACGGGCCGCUGGCCUCUGCCAGCCUACCGCAAAUCCAAAAGAGGCUCUAGUUUUCUGCCAGGCAUCACCUCAUGGCUCAAUGGCUUUGACGGCAAGAAUGAUGCAGGCCUGGUGUUUGCCACCAGCAUGCCGGACCAUAGCAUUCAUCUGGUUCUGUGGAAGGAGAAUGGCUAAAUGGAGAAGGAGCAUGUGCCUGCUUUAGAUGAAAACAGGGAUGCUAAACAAAAAAGACAAAAAAGGGUGCUCUUGAUUUCAUUAACCUGCAGCAUAGUUAUUGCAUGGACCAAAGUCUGUUUUUCUUUAUUUUCCUUUUGCAGUUUCUGCUGUUUGCUUUUAGGUUCAAGAACAACCUGGCUCUAUUCUUUGGUCGAGUGACAACCUUUCUUGCACAUUCUGACAUAUUUUGAAAUGCAGUGUGUGGAUCCAAUAUGGACAGCAGGUUAUCCCUUGUAGAAAGUGCUUGCUGGGUUGAACCUCUAAUCAGAGGUUUUUCUAAUCAUUACUAAUGUUAAAGCAACUGUGAACCAAGCACUUAACUGAACAGUAAUGUCCUGCUCCAGCACAAUCGUCCAAAUUCAUGAAAAUAUGAAAUUUAUAAAUGAUUUUUCUGUGUUUUAAACCCCAAAAUAUAUAGUUGGUUUAAUCUAAAUUUGUGUUCAGAUUACAUGGCGAUAAGAUUGCCUUAAUUUUUGGAUUUUCUUUUUAAGAGGGAAGACUUAUUGCAGAUGCCAUGCCCUUGCAAUCUGGCGUGUCACGUGUAGUGUACACAUUCUUGUGUGAUAAACUGCGGAUUGGUUAGUUUGUAUGACAGCCGUUAGGUUUUACUAAUAUUGACCCUUCAGCUUUCACUUGAAAUUAGUCAUGUGCCUUUUUCCUUUUAACACUUAAAUGCCUGCAGGUAUGUUGUGAAAGAUCUUGAAAUUCAUUACUACAAUCCUUAAUGGAACAAAUUCCAGUAUGAAAGGUGUAUUUAUUUUUUACAAUUUUGUUAUUUUUAACCCAAUAUAAUCAACACCAUUGUAUGUACUCUUAUUAUUCUGCAGAGGUUAAUUCACUUAAAAUGCUUCAUGUGAAUCUCGUUGAAUGUUACUUUUUUAUUUAAUGUAACUUUUAAGGCUAAUCAGCUUUACUAGACGAUUAUCGUUAUUUUAAACAUAAUACUUUAGUUCCACUGGACCCUUAGAUGUACGGAAUAAUUCACUGUUCUUUUUUUCUUUUCUUUUUUUACAUCAACAUACAUGGACAACUUUACCCUAAAACAUUUCUGUCUUUUGGUAGCCGUUCUGUUGUCAGGCUUGAUAGUUGGUUUCAGUAGUGCUCGUCUUCUUAGGACAUCAGGGGAAGCCUUUUUGCUUUUAGGGCAUUACCAGUGGAACCUGGCCUAUAACUUCAACAUUGCAUGGUUCAUCACAUCACAUCACAUUCUUUAAAAUAUAUACACAGAUCAGCCAUAAUAUUACAACAGAAAAACAUUGUGCCCAAUAUUGUGUAUGUUUUUUUCCACGUGGGCAGCUCUGGCCCUUCGGGGCAUGACUCCACAAGACCCUCUUGGAAUUGUACCUGGCCUCUGUGGAUCUGGCUUGUUUGCAAAGUGCAUCCCAUGGGUGCUUGAUUGGAUUGUGCUACAGAGGUCUGUGGUGCACUGGGUGUUCCUGUGCCCUUCUACUGUGGCCAGCAUUGACUUGCUGAGCAGUGAGCAUUGAUUUAACAAGUUGUUCUGCAUUGGCUUUUUUUGUGGGAUUGGACCAGGCAGGCUGUAUUUGUUCCCCACAGGCAUAAAUGAGCCUUGGGUGCCCAUGAUCCUGUCACCAGUUUACUGUUAUGUAAUUGAUAAUUAAUGUUAAUCAUAUGUGGUGUUAAUGUUAUGGCUGAUCUAUGUAGCCCACACUGUAACAUUCACUGCCACUGUUAAUCAUAAGGCCAUCAGUUCUCACAAUUAGCAAAUUUCUGGUUUGUUGGUUGUAUAUAAUAUGUCUUUCGAAUAAAUGAAAAUAGCUAAACAUAAA